GAAUUUUAUAUUGAUAUAUUAAGUUGCAGGAGAAGAGGUAACCGUGUUUCUUUCGUGUCUUCGUUCUUCUUUCUGUUCCUACAACGAAUGCACGGACACACUGCAAUAAUCUAUUGAAAAGGGUUGAACUUGGACGCACGAAAGACACCAUGUCCAACCAUGAUGACAUGAACCCUUUUGAUCAAAUGGACGAAGACGAUUUCUUUGAUGAAAUUGAUUACCAAAACCAUGGUGGGGAUGCUGCUCUUGAUGAAUAUGAAAUGCUUACUAAGGUGACUGAUACGUCAGCUGCACAGGCAAGAAAGGGAAAGGACAUUCAGGGAAUUCCAUGGGAGAGGUUGAACAUAUCAAGAGAAAGGUACAGGCUGACAAGGCUUGAGCAAUACAGGAAUUUUGAGAACAUUCUUACAUCUGGGGAUGCUGUGGACAAGGAGUCCAAGCAAAUGGAGAAGGGUGGCAAUUACUAUGAGUUCUUCUAUAACACAAGAAUGGUUAAGCCUACCAUCCUUCAUUUUCAGCUGAGAAACUUGGUAUGGGCAACCUCAAAACAUGAUGUCUACCUUGUCUCCAACUACUCAGUUAAUCACUGGUCAUCUAUAAGUGGUACCUUGUCUGAGAUAAUCAAUUUUGCUGGGCACGUGGCCCCUACGGAGAGACAUGUAGGAAAUUUGUUGGAAGGAUUUUCUCAGACCCAGAUUAGCACAUUGGCUGUCAAGGAUAAGCUUCUUGUUGCUGGUGGCUUCCAAGGAGAGCUUACUUGUAAGCGUUUGGAUCAGAAGGGAGUAAGCUUUUGUACACGGACCACACAUGAUGAUAAUGCCAUAACAAAUGCAAUUGAAAUAUAUGACAGCUUGAGUGGUGCAACUCAUAUUAUUGCUUCCAAUAAUGAUUGUGGUGUGAGAGAAUAUGACACGGAAAGGUUUCAGCUUUUGAAUAACUUCCAGUUCUCUUGGCCAGUGAAUCACACAUCAAUCAGUCCAGACCGUAAGCUUAUGACUGUUGUUGGAGAUAACCUAGAUGGGCUGCUGGUGGAUCCUCAGAAUGGGAAGACUGUUGCUACUUUGGUUGGUCAUCGAGAUUACUCUUUUGCUUCUGCAUGGCAUCCCAAUGGGUGUACCUUUGCAACGGGGAAUCAGGAUAAGACUUGCAGAGUAUGGGAUGUUAGACACUUAUCUUCUCCUGUUGCCAUUGUCAGGGGUAACCUAGGGGCAACCCGUUCUAUUCGGUUUUCUUCAGAUGGUCAAUAUAUGGUGGUUGCUGAGCCUGCAGAUUUUGUGCACGUUUAUAGCACAAAGGCAGACUACAAAAUACGGCAAGAGAUUGAUUUCUUUGGGGAAAUUUCUGGGGUUUGUCUGAGUCCUGAUGAUGAGUGUAUGUAUAUUGGAAUCUGGGACAGGACAUAUGCAAGCUUGCUACAGUAUAAUAGGAAGCACCAAUUUCAAUAUCUUGAUGCCUACUAUUGAUCUUUAUUCCUGCCAGUUGAUUUAGGAAAAAUCAUUGAUGUUGAUUUAUAGAGCAGUUUGAUAUUCUAGGUCCUUCUCCUUUCUCAGUACUUGAUGUAGGUCAGUCUGAUUAAUCAAGACCACAGCAUCAUAAGAUAGUUGUACAAUGAAAUCAUGCCUCACCUUCCCUUUAUUUCUGAGUUUUUGAUGUGAAUGCCACCUGCAGAAAUCACAAAAUUGCAUGGUUUUAAUGUUA